AUGACAAAACCACCCUCGUUUUUCAUACAUUUUCCUGAUGAUCUUAUUUCCUUUCUAUUCCCAAAUUUAAGUUAUCCUGAAAAAACUAAAUUCAAAUUCAAAUCUCAUAUCAAGAUUGAAACUUUCGAAAGGCUGGUGCUUAAUAUAAAACAUCAUUCACAAUUUGUGAAGCAAAAAGCAUCGAACGAUGUAAAUUAUGGGUUAGCUGGCCACUGCAAGGAUUUCUGCUGUUGUAACUGGAAUUAA